CUCCCUCCCCCACUCCAUAUCCAUCCAGAGCAGCCUCUCGCGGAUCACACACAAACACAAAGCACAUCUCUCCAUUAAUCAAUCUCUUGUUCCUCGAACACAAAUGAGGAACGCGGCAGCAGUAGCAGCCAUGUCAACAAGCGGCUCGUCGUCGUCGUUGUCGUCGAUGAACCCGGGGUCCUACGUGACCGGGAGCGGCGGCGUGCAGCAGGCGGUGCAGCAGCCGCCGGCGUUCUGGUCGACGCCGACGCCGUAUCUGUUCAUCGGGUUCGCGGUGGUGAUGUCGCUCAUCGCCGUGGCGCUGGCCGUGCUCCUCUGCUCCCGCCGCAGGGACGACGAGGACGACGAGGAGAUCAGCCGGCGUCGGGAGGAGGCAGAGGCGGAUCGGGUCCCGGCGGGGAUGAUGUCGGUGCGCGUGCUGGCGCCGCUGGACAGGGAGCCCCGGCUGGUGGUCGUCAUGGCGCCCGGCCACGACGCGCCCUCCUUCCUCGCCAGCGCCGCGCCGCUCGCCGCCUACGCCGCAGCUGCCGCCUCCAAGGCCGUGCCGUCGACGCCGCCGCGGACGUGCCAGUGCUACGCCAAGGAGGACGCCAAGGACGGCGCCGUCGACGCCGUGUAGCGCUAGAGUAGCACAUAUCCAUGUGCCGAUCGGAUUAAUUAAACGGCCGGUGGGAGGAGCGAUUUUGUUAUAGUUUUCUAUUGACUUCGAUCCUUUUCCUCACUGAAUGAAUCAGUAGUUGCAUCGAUAGUCGUCCUUAAUUUGUGACGAACGAGCGACGAUAAUUUGUGUGUUGGCCUCGUGUACAGAUCGAGAGCAUCCAUGGAGCGAGUGCAAUUAAUAUGCUAAUAAUUUUGGUUGCAUAAAAUCGACCUGUGUUAAUUAAUUCUUGCGACGCAUGGACGUGCUA